AUGACACCUGCUAUAAUAAAUCAAACGUAUAUUAACUGGAAAGAUUAUAUCCUUUAUAGGGAAAUUUUUGAAUCCUUGCCAACAUUAUCACAAAAUUCUGAAGAUAUUGAUUGUUUCAUUAAUCAAUGUUCAGUUCAAGUAGAAAAUGAAGAACGUGAUAAUUUUAUUAAUAUUUGUCAGAAUAUAAGAAAACUUUUUAAGAUAAUGUCUUCUAAUGAUUCUUGUAACAACAGAAAAUUUUGUAUCUAUAUUAACUACAAUAUUAGAGAACAAAUUAGAGAUCUUUUUCCUACAAAACAAAAGGUAAUUUUUGAACAUUUUAUGAAUUAUGUUGAAAGUAAUAAAACUGAUGAAUCUUAUAAUACAUGUGUUCCGGAAAUAAAAUAUAUAGAAAAACCAGUGUUUGAUAAAAUGAAUGAUUUAUAUAAUCUAUAUGAACAUUAUGAAACUAUUUUAUAUCCGAAUUCAGAAGAUAAUAAUUAUUCUAUUGAUUGCGACGAUAUAAAUGGAUUCAUUGAUGAUUAUAAUGAAAUUAUCGAAAAAUAUAAGCAUGAUAAAGCUUUCCAAAAAGUGUUAAAUAAUCUCAGAUGCUCAAUUGAAUAUAAUGAUUUAUUCAAAAAUAAUCGCAAAUGUAACAUAACAGAAAUAUUGAAAAAUAAAUAUAAUCCAUGGGACAAAAAUGAAUGCAAUGAAUCUGAAGAAAAAGAAUAUUUAAUGAAAUAUUCAAAUCCAAAUUAUUCGUACUUUAGUACAACUACUUAUAUUCAACCUGUUAAUAUGAAUAUUAUAAUAUCAACUACACUUAGUAGUGUAUUUUUAGGAACAGUACUUUAUUAUAUCUAUAAAUUUACUACAUCAAGAAAUUAUUUACGAAAUCGCUUUCCAAGAAUGAGAAGAAUGAAUAGAAAUAUAAAAGACGAAAUAUACCAACAUGAAAUGUGUAACAGAAAACAUUAUCAUAGGGAUUUGAAAGAAAAAUAUUAUAAGGUAUCAUACGAUUCAGAAAGAGAAUAUUAA